AAGCUUAAAGGCAUUUGAUGGAACAACCUAGUGACAACAUCUCUCAAGAACAAGCUCGUGAGUCUCUCAUAGCCAUCUCUUACACUUCACCUGAGGAAGAGUCCUCAGAUGUGAAACCUGUCAUCAUUACCACAAACGGAUUCACCAAAAGAAACUCAGAGGAUGCAGAAAAGCUCAGAUCUCAGCUGAUUUCAAUCUCCUACGACGAGUCACCGUCACCUUCACCUUCACCGGAUGUAUCUGUUUCACCGGCUAUCUCCAACGGUAUCUGAUAGGAGUUUAUGUACAGAUCAUCAAAGUCUUUUCUUUCUAUGCUUGCGACUUUGGUUUUGGUCUAAAAGUAGACCAUUUGUGAUAUGUAAACCGUUUCUCCUUUUAACUAUAUGAUGGAAUAUCAAAUGAAAGUUCUCUUCUUUGUGUUCUAGA